AUGGCCAAAUCAUUCCUGGCCGUCGUUGUGCUUGCAGCUACCGCUGCUGCUGCAGAUCCAGACCCUUUGAACCUGGUGGACUGGUCAGUUGGCUGGGCAGGAAAUGGUGGCGGAGACGGAGCUAAAGAAGAGAAGCUCGAGAAGAUGCUCCACGCAGCGCAGACCCGAGAGAAGGAAGCUCGAAAGGAGUUGGCUCAGGCACGUGAGGAUGAGAAGCAACAAGAAUCCAAACACCUGCGCGGAAAGGAUGGAAAGAAUGAAGAAGAGAUCGAAUCAGCUGAAUUGGAUGCAGCCAGACAGGAAGCAACGCACCAGAAACAGCUGGCCGAUGCGGCGCAGAGAGAGGCUGAAAUCUACAUGGAAAGGGCAUCUGCAGCAGAAGCCAGGGCCAAAUCCGCCACUGACAUGGCUGACCAGCAAAAGGCUGAACGGAUGGCGAGCCAUGAAGCCAACUUGGCCAACCAAGCUGCAAAUACUGCGAAGGUGAAGAAGUUGGAAGCCAGGAUUGCCCAUGACAAGGUCCGCUUCCUGGAGGUGCAAUCCCUGAAUGGUUCUCUCUUUGGGAAUCAUUUGGUACUUGCUGGAGGUGCAGUGCUACUUCUUAGCCUUUGUGUUUGUUUGCUGAAGAAGCCCAACCAAAAGGACGGGCUGAGCGCUCCGCUCCUGGAAGAACCGGAGUGGACCAAUGACUCUGAGGCUGGCAUUGAAGAUUGGCGCCAGCGAGCACUGAAGGGUCUGGAGGAGAAGCGAGAGGCAAAGCUGCAAUUUGAAGAGCAGCUGGCUGAUGCAAAUCAGCGUGUUGCCCAUGCACAGAAGGAAAUGGAUGCUACAAAGCAAGAGAACAGCGACUUGAAAGCUCAACUUUCGCAACAAGAGAAUGCUGUGAAGGAGCAGAAAGAGAAUGCAGUGAAAGAGCAACAGUAUCACCGGGGAGACUUGGCAACAGUGCAGCAAGAGAAUACCGACCUGAAAUCGCAGCUUUCGGAGCAAGAGAAGACUAUGAAACAGUUGAAAGAUCGUGAAGACGAAUUGUCGACGGCUCAAGUCGUAGCUGAAGCGGAAAUUGGCUCGCUUCGCGAGCAACUUGAGCUGAGUCAGACCUCCCUGAAGCGGGUUCAAGUGGAAUCUGCUUCUGCACAAGCAGCCUUACACACUGCUGAGCAAUCCUACCAGGAGGCAAUGUCCAAGGUGGGUUUGAAUGAAAAGGGCCAAAUGCUUCGAGCAGAUGAAGCUGAGUCCUUGCUGCAGGAGACCAAGAAGGAGUUGGAGGAAGUGAAAAAGCAAGCGGCCGAAGCUCACCAGAAGUCGCAGAAUGACUUGUCUCGAGGUGAAACCGACUUGGAAGCUACAAAGGCUGCGGCUGAGAGCCACAAGGCGGAGCUUGCGAAGUUGAAGGAGGCGAAUGCUCAGCAGGAGAAGCAGCAGGAAAAGAUGGCGCAAGAGUUGAAGGAGGCACAAGGAGCCAAGGAAGCAUCUGAACAAGAUGUGAAAGCCGCAACUGCACAGAUUGAGAAGUGCAAGAAGGAGGCUGCAGAAGAGGUCGAAAGGGCUCAGAAGGAAGCACAGAAGGCCGCAGAAGAGAUUGAGGAAAUCAAGAAGAAGUCUGGUGAAGAGAUCGAGAGCCUGAAGGAGACAGCACAAGAAAUCGAAGAUCUCAAGAAGAAAGCUGCUGAGCUGGAGGAGAACAAAAACCAGACGGCCAAAGAGGUUGAAGAAUUAAAGAAGCAGGCAGCUGAAGAAAAGGCACAGGCAGAAAAAGAGUUGGAAGAGAAGGUGCAACAAACCAAAGAACUUCAAGAGACCCUGGCAACGGAGACCAAGCGCGCAGAUACUGCAGAGGGCGAGGCUGCACAGUUUCGAGACCAGUUGGCACAGGCCAAACAGGCAGCGAUGAACGCCUCGGAGGCUCUGGAGACCCUUCAGUCACAGGCCAUGGCAGAGAUUGCAGCUGGGCAGGCUACCAUUGAGGACUUGCAGAAGCAAGUGAGACAGCAACAGCUUACUCUGACCACAAAGGACUUGGAACUUGAGAACGAAAAGGCACGUGCUGACUUGGCAGAGACUGUGGUCACAACUACUCAAGGUGAGUUGGAGACGGCUCAGCUGUUGACAGAGAAGGCACGUGCGCAGCUGCAAGGCGUGCGCCAGGAACUCAGCGCUGAGUGCGCAGCCGCCAAGGCCCAGCUUGAAAUCGAGCGGAAGCUGGCCAUCGAAUCAGAGGAGACAGCUGAAAAAUUCCGUUUGGAGGCACAGGCAGCCAAGCAGGCCGCACAGCAAGCUCGCUUGGCAGAACAGCAAGCCAAAGCCGCAAUGCUCAAGGUCCGCCAACGAGCUGAAGAGGAGAAGAAUGCGGCACAUGACGAGGUGAAGAAGGUGAAGAAGGAGCUUCAGGAAAGUCGCCAAGGAGAAGCGAAAGAUGAAGAGACUCAAGGAGCUCAGGAAGCGCUUUGGCAACGGCCUUGGAAGUUCAGAAGUUUAGAAGUGGAGUUGUCAGGCGAUGACGAGGAUGAGUGGUGGGAGGAUUUGGUGAAGAAGGCAAAGUCGCAUAGCCAUGGUGGGACUGUCAUAGCACCUGAGGGCUUAGCUGAACUUCAUCUACAGAUCGCCGCCCACUUGGACAGUGCCACUGUAGUCCGUGGCAGAGUGAGGGAUCGUGUAUCCCGAGUCGCCAACCUCUUGCCGCUGGACAAUGCGCCGCCGGCACCAGCAGUGCGCUCUCGUCAGGACAAGGGCGCCCGGCAGAGUGUGCUUGGUGGGCCAUCUUUGCCCAUGCCGGGCACUGCGCCGCAUUUGAUGGCGCUUCAGCGCCUCUCAGAUAUGCUACCAAGUGGCUUCUCUGCAGAAGCACGCCAGGAGCGCCGUGCCCGGCGAGAUCAACAGCAGCAGGAAGAAAUCUUCGGUGAAGCCAAGAAAUUCCUCAUGGAGCCAGAAAUUUGGACCUAUGGGAAUAUGCUCGGCUACCAACGCAAGUUGAUGGAUCUCUUGGGCGCUUUCUCGUGGCGUCGACGCUUUGCGCCAGAUGAUCCCAACGUGGCACAUUUGGAGAAGGAACUUCGGGUCUUGGAGGCCAUGACACCUGUCGAGCUGGCGUCCAACCAUAAGAGCGUUUUCAACAAGCAGUCCAUUGAUUUGAUUGCGGAGAAGUCCAAUACCAGCGUUCGAUUUGUGAAGCAGGUGAUCAUGGAACACGAUGUCUUACGCGCCGACCGACGGUGGUAUCAGAUCUUGGCGCAAUUUGACCGGCCGCAGCCGAAGUCCUUUGAAGACCGAAGCUUCAUGUCGGAGUACGAUCGACCAUUCUCGGAAACCGAAAACGAGAUGCGGGAUGAGAUGGUGGAGAAGGAGGCCUUGAAGCGAGGCGAUAAGCGCAUGAAGUUGACCUGGAUCUGGUACCGACAUCCCAGUUGCGGUGGCAACCGCUGGUCGACGCGACCGCCCAAAUGGUACCCCGCCCGCUGGAAGACUCGGCGAGAGCGGCAUUUGCGCCUGGCAGGGGUUGGGGUGCCGAUCUUAGAGGUGAAGUACUUCUGGUUGGUGGUGGAGGCGAUCGUGGAAGGCCCUGGGGUCGUCCUGCACUCGGCCCGGGGACGCCGUCGAAACGUCGUGGCGACAGCGCGGUGUUCGGCCAAGGCUAGAACUUAA